GAUUUCCAACUCCAAUAUUCCAUAGUUUGGUGGUUGUUGAGCACCUCUUUACAGUAGUCUCUGAAAGGUCUUAUAUGUUUUUAUAGCUUCUGGCUUCAGUUAUCAGCAACACCAGAAGAACAAAACGCCAGUAGUUACCUACCAAUUCUCUCUAAAAGAAUUUGAUACAGAGUAGUGGUGGAACAGUGAAGCUAAGCUUGAUUUGGAAUUUUGUGAGGAAUUCUACUACAAGUUAUAGAGAUGGGAUCAGGUCAAUGGUCUGUUGAAAACAGAGCUCCUCUUAAGAACGAAGCUCUGGUGAGUGAGUAUGAGCCUGAAACUGGAUGUCUCUCGAUUAUCGUGCUUGGGGCUUCUGGUGAUCUUGCGAAGAAGAAGACGUUUCCUGCACUCUUUCAUCUCUAUCGUCAGGGAUUUAUUCAAUCGCACGAUGUUCAUAUCUUCGGCUAUGCGAGGACCAAAAUUUCAGACAACGACUUGAGAGAUCGCAUUCGUGGAUAUCUUACACCAUGCAAAGGUUUUGAGAGCACACAUGAGGAAGAUGUAGGCCAGUUUCUGCAAUUGAUCAAAUAUGUAGCUGGUGCUUAUGAUACUGAAGAGGGAUUUCGAUCAUUAGACAAGGCAAUUUCUGAAUAUGAGCUAUCAAAAAACAGUACAGAAGGAUCAUCAAGAAGACUCUUCUACCUUGCCCUUCCUCCUUCUGUUUAUCCAUCAGUCUGCAAAAUGAUCAAGAGCUAUUGCAUGAAUAAAUCUGAUCUUGGUGGAUGGACUCGAAUUGUUGUUGAGAAGCCUUUUGGAAAGGAUUUGGAAUCUGCUGAAGAACUCAGUGCCCAAAUUGGAGAACUAUUUGAAGAACCACAAAUCUAUCGUAUCGAUCAUUAUUUAGGAAAAGAAUUGGUGCAAAACUUGAUGGUGCUUCGUUUUGCAAAUCGGUUCUUCUUGCCCCUAUGGAAUCGUGACAACAUUUCCAAUAUUCAGAUUGUGUUUAGAGAGGAUUUUGGAACUGAAGGUCGAGGUGGAUAUUUCGAUCAAUAUGGUAUUAUCAGAGACAUCAUUCAGAAUCAUCUAUUACAGGUGCUUUGUCUAGUUGCUAUGGAGAAACCUGUUUCUUUAAAGCCUGAGCAUGUUCGUGAUGAGAAAGUGAAGGUUCUCCAAUCUGUUCUUCCAAUUGAAGACAAUGAAGUUGUUCUUGGACAAUAUGAAGGUUAUAGAGAUGAUCCCACAGUUCCAGACAACUCAAACACUCCCACAUUUGCCACCAUGGUUCUCAGGAUCCACAAUGAAAGAUGGGAAGGUGUUCCCUUUAUUAUGAAGGCAGGAAAAGCAUUGAAUUCAAGAAAGGCAGAGAUUCGUGUGCAAUUUAAGGAUGUUCCUGGCGACAUAUAUAAAUGUCAAAAGCAAGGCAGAAAUGAGUUUGUCAUCAGACUACAACCUUCAGAGGCCAUGUACAUGAAGCUAACAGUGAAGCAACCUGGGCUUGAGAUGCACACAGCUCAGAGUGAAUUAGACUUGUCUUACAGGCAACGAUAUCAACAAACCGUCAUUCCAGAAGCUUAUGAACGUUUGAUUCUUGACACAAUAAGAGGCGAUCAACAACAUUUCGUUCGCAGAGACGAGCUAAAGGCAGCAUGGGAGAUAUUUACGCCUCUUCUACACAAAAUCGAUAGAGGGGAAGUGAAAUCAGUGCCAUACAAGCCUGGAAGCAGAGGCCCAGAAGGAGCAGAUAAAUUGGCCGAGAAAGCCGGGUUUGUUCAAACCCAUGGAUACAUAUGGAUACCUCCGACUUUGUAGAUUGAUUCUCCGGAUGCUGGUGCGUGGUGUUAUUGUGUGGAAUAAGUACGACAUGGUGUUCGUUAUAUUAUAUGACAUGUAUGUAGAUUGUAGCAUUUCUUUGCGGGUUUUUUCUACCUCCAAAUACACCAUGGUUUGUGUCCUUCAAUAAGGGGGUGUGAGAAUGUCAUGUUUUGAUGAUGUUGGAUAAAUGGGUUAAAACAGGUUGGGUUGAGUUGAGUUGGUUUAUCGAUGUUUUGUUUAA